AUGUGCUCCAGACAAAGCUCCGGAGGCUGCCACGGGAUGUCCUCCCAGUCCAGCGGCUGCCACAGCGGGGGCUCCUCGUGCCACGGCGGGGGCUCCUCGGGCUACCAGUCCCAGGGCUCCUCCUGCUGCUCCGGGGAACCAGCCAAGAUCAUCGUCAGCUCCGGGGGUGGAGGAGGCGGAUCCUGCUGCAGCGGGGGCUACGGCACGGGAGGAGGAUACGGCGGAGGGUCUUCGGGAGGGAAAGUCAUCGUUGCAGGAGGGAGCAGUGGAGGCUCCUCCGGGUGCUGCAGCGGAGGAUCCAGUGGGGGCUAUGGCAUGGGAGGAGGAUAUGGUGGUGGGUCUUCAGGAGCCAAGGUCAUAGUUGGAGGUGGAGGUUCCAGCGGAGGAUGUUCAGGCGGAUCUUCGAAGGGCAUCAUCGUGGGGGGAGGUUCCUCUGGAUGUGGAGGAUCCAGCUGCGGGAUGGGAGGAGGAUACGGGGGUGGUUAUGGGGGUGGCUCCUCAGGGUCCAAGACCAUCGUUGUAGGAGGGUCCUGUGGUGGCUCCGGCAUGGGAGGAGGAUACGGGGGUGGAUAUUCGGGGUCCAAGAGCAUCAUUGGAGGUGGGAGCAGCGGGUGCUGCAGUGGGGGCUCCUCAGGCUACGGCAUGGGAGGAGGAUAUGGUGGAUAUUCAGGAUCCAAGAGCAUCAUCGGAGGGGGGAGCAGUGGAGGUUCCUCUGGAUGGUGCAGCGGAGGUUCCUCGGGAUACGGGAUGGGAGGAGGAUACGGUGGAGGUUGUGGGGGUGGAUCUUCAAAGAGCAUCGUUGUGGGAGGAGGCUCCUCUGGGUACUGUGGUGGAGGGUCCAGCUAUGGGAUGGGAGGAGGAUACGGUGGGGGAUCUUCAGGAUCGAAGACCAUCAUUGUAGGAGGAGGCAGCGGAGGCUCCUCUGGGUACUGUGGUGGAGGAUCCAGUGGCGGGUACGGCAUGGGAGGAGGAUGUGGUGGGGGCUCCUCAGGAGGGAAAAUCAUCAUGGGAGGUGGUGGAGGAUCCUCUGGAUGCUGUGGGGGAUCCAGUGGGGGCUCCUCUGGCCAGACCAUCAUCAUCAGCUCUGGAGGGUCCUCCCAGCAGAAGUGCCCCAUCGCCAUCCCCAGCGUCGUGUCCCACCAGGCCAAGCAGAGCUGCUACUUCCCCUCUGGCCAGAAGUAA